ACAAAUCGAGAUGAUCACAAUGUUCGGGUUUGUGCUAUUAAAUUUCUGUGCUUGCUGGAUGGAUCAAAUACCUUGCAUAAGACAUUCAUGGAAGACAUUUUCAUCAAACUACUUGAUAAAGAUGAAGAGGUAUCCAGAUCUAGAACACGCUAUUAUGCAAACUCUUUACAGCAUAGAAUUAAAAACCGAGUAUGGCAGACACUCUUGAUUCUUCUUCCGAAGCUUGACCAGAAUUUUUUGUGUGGAAUCCUUGACAAAGUCUUUCAGGCUGGAUUUAGUAACAAUCAGGCAUCUGUGAAAUACUUCAUAGAAUGGAUUGUUAUCAUGAGUCUGCAUAGAUACCCCCAAUUCCUUAAUAAAUUCUGGGAUUGCUUUUCCUAUGAUGAAGAAAAGCUUAAAACAAGCAUCUGCACGUUUUUAUCAGUGUUAUCACACUUUGACAUCAUUCUUCAAAAUACCCCUGAGAAGAAGCCAGCUUUGAAGAAAGCUCUCAUAGUUGUUCUGCAGUGGUGUUUCAACCAUAAUUUCAGUGUUCGACUUUAUGCGUUAGUUGCCCUUAAAAAAAUUUGGGGCAUGUGCAGAAUGUUGCAUGUGGAAGAAUUUGAAGCUCUGACGCCAGUUAUUGAAUCUAGCCUUCAACAAGUGGAAAACAUGCAUGGUACCGGGAAUGCUAGAAGGAACUGGCAGCGAAUCCAGGAUCACUUCUUCUUUGCAACAUUUCAUCCACUUAAGGAUUACAGUCUAGAGGCAAUAUUUUACAUUCUUCCCCGCCUUUCGGAGCUUGCAGAAGAUGAAUGGAUCUCACUCUCUAAAUUCGACAGAUUCACUGACAUUCCUUUGCCACCAGCAUUUCAGUGGUAUCAUUCUCGAACGGAACUUCGUGAUCUGAAACCAAGUGACUGGUCUCAGCAAGACAUGGGUUCAAGUUCAUCUGAAACAGACAGCCAGACAGAAUGGACUGAUGUUCAGAAAAAGAUUAUACCCUGGAAAAACAGUACUCCUAGUUUAGACCUGGAAAUGGUAUUUCAGGACCGUGCUGCUAAACUUGGUAAAUCAAACAGCAGACUGAUUGUGGUGGCUUCACUUAUUGAUAAACCUACCAAUUUAGGAGGUUUAUGUCGUACAAGUGAAAUAUUUGGGGCAUCUGCACUAGUUGUGGGCAGUCUUCAUUAUAUACAAGAUAAGCAGUUUCAGCAUCUUAGCGUUUCCGCAGAGCAGUGGCUCCCCCUUGUUGAGGUGAAACCAUCUCAGCUUGUUGAUUAUUUACAGCAGAAAAAAAACGAAGGCUACACUAUUAUUGGUGUGGAGCAGACAGCUAAAAGUUUUGAUCUUACAGAAUAUUGUUUCCCAGAGAAGUCACUGUUACUGCUGGGAAAUGAACAUGAAGGAAUCCCAGCAAACCUGAUUCACCACCUGGAUGUCUGUGUGGAAAUUCCUCAGCAGGGUAUCAUUCGAUCCCUCAAUGUGCAUGUAAGCGGAGCUCUGCUGAUCUGGGAGUACACAAGGCAACAAGUCAUCAAGCAAAAACAGUAAAAAUAACUGCGAAGAGUUCUGUGCCUUAUAGUACAGAUGGGUGACUUCCUAUGGUGCUACAACAUGAAAUUCUGAAUAGAGAGACACAAACUCAGGGUGAAUGAGGAUUCUUCAGUUUUGCAUGUU